GUAAUCCCAAUUUUGCUGAUUCAAGCUUUGUAAGAAUAUUGUUGUUUGUGUUUGGAGUAGUCCAGCACAAUGGAGAAGGCUGAGAUGAUAUGUUUUGGGGGGAUAUGUAAGGAAUAAUAUUUUAUUUACUUUAAUCAGAUUUUGAAGUGCAUUAUCAUUAGUCAUGUCUGACCAGUUACUUACUAACGAGCGAUCUUUACCCCUAUUCCGGCGGUUGUCUUACGCAGCAGGUCACUUUUUGAACGACCUUUGCGCCUCAUUAUGGUUUACCUACCUAUUGAUCUACUACCAUUCUGUCCUUGGGUUCAAGAGCACCUAUGCAGGUUUAUUGCUGCUUAUAGGUCAAAUAGCGGAUGGCAUCAGCACACCCGUUGUUGGUAUUGAAUCAGAUCGAAAAGCCGGAUGCGCUACAUAUGGCAAAAGAAAAUCAUGGCAUUUAGUUGGCACUAUGUGUUUACUUGUGUCCUUCCCCUUCAUCUUUAACCCAUGCCUGGGCUGUGGUGACAACACCCCUCAGUGGGUAGAGCUCCUUUAUUUCACUCCCUUCAUCGUUAUCUUCCAGUUUGGCUGGGCCACCAUCCAGAUUUCCCACCUGUCCCUCAUCCCAGAGCUGGUGUCCAGUGAACAUGCCAAGGUGGAGCUCACCGCCUACAGGUAUUCGUUCACGGUAGUGGCAAAUAUUACCGUGUAUGCUGUUGCCUGGUUACUCUUUAACUUCCAAGCCCAGCCGACUGCAGGCUCCCAUGUCACAAAUGGCUUGAGCAUUGCUGACAUCCCCAUAUUCAGGAACCUUUCCUUCAUCGUGCUGGGGAUCGGAACAGCUUUCACUAUUUUCUUUCAUCUGGGAACCAGAGAAGGGGUUGGUCACACGGAGGAGUCAGGCUCGCCAAACGGUGAGAGUUGUCCCCUGAUCUCCCCAACUCCCUUAACUGGUGCACCUCAAUCCCUUCUCCAGUGGAGAAAUUGGCUGAAUGAGCCUUCAUUCUACCAGGUUGCAUUUCUGUACAUGUGCACCAGGUUAAUGGUCAACUUGUCCCAGACAUACAUCUCCAUGUAUGUUGUGAACUCUUUACUGCUACCGAAGAGCUUCAUCGCCACAAUCCCUUUGGUGAUGUAUGUUAGCGGGUUUAUGUGUUCUCUGGUCAUGAAGCCAAUCAGCAAGCUGAUAGGCAUUAGUAUGACCUAUUUCCUAGGCCUUGUGCUGAUCCUAGGAUUUUCGUCCUGGGUGUUAGUCGACACAAACAUGGGGAAACUCAUCUAUGGCGCUACUGUAAUGCUUGGUGCAGGCUCUGCCACCAUCCUGGUCAUGUCACUCUCCAUGACGGCCAAUCUGAUUGGAGAUCAGACACAGAGUGGGGCCUUUGUGUACGGGGCAAUGAGCUUCACAGAUAAGGUGGCCAAUGGCUUUGGUGUAAUCAUAAUUCAAAGCCUACAUCCCUGCAACUCACAGACCAGCUGUCCAGACAGUGUGUGGUUCUACCGAGAUGUCAUGGUGAUAGUGACAGGGGGUGUGGCCUUAGCAGCAGCCAUUUCCCUCUGCAGCCUACUCAUCUGGCCUACUAGGAUCCGCCAACGUUUUGCAAGUACCUCUGUCCAGAUGGAAGCAGAAGAGAGCGGAUGAGCAGACAACCUUCAGUUUACCAACUGGACAUCCAAAGGGAUCAUAGCAGCAAGACAUAUCUGCACUUUAAUACCCUUGGCUGCUUUCCUGGGUUCAGUUGACACUGUUUCUCUACUCCUUUUGUAUGUAUGCAUCCUUUUCCACUAAAGAGGUUCAUAGAUGCACUUGGCUGUUUCUACUGACAAACCAAGUUUGGCCAGUUAUGCAUUGUAACCACUGCUUAAACAACAAUGCCUAUGGCCAGAAAUUGUCGUAUUAAGCUUCUACACUUUCCAGGAAAUAUGUUGUAGUGUAAAAACUUCUAAUGUUAAUCAUUUUUGUUGUACUGUAAACUUGAAUGCUUCAUUAAUGUUUUUUGUUUGUGUAAAUCUCACUUUAGUGCUCUACCCAGUCUUAGCUGAGUGAACUCAAAUGAUUGUUGCUCUUGAGUGGUGAUCAAUGGUAGCAGGAUUUGCUAUUAACGUCAAGUCAUGAACAGCCAAUAUUUUGAACAAUGACAGUUCUCAAACCACUCACCAAUAGUUGUGUUUUUCUUGGACAUCUGCAAUCCUUAGGGGGUCCUCCAAUACAUGACAAAAAUUGGUGCUGUCAAACAAUUAAAAUAAUUAACCACAUAAUCUUCUUUAAUGAAUCACAAUCAACAAUUUAAUAAGCACAAAUUUAAAUCUUAGAAAAACAGUGCAUUGUGUAAAAGACAUUGUACUUUAUUGCAAGAAAGAAGAACACAAGAAUUUGAAACCUUAUUCAGAACAAAGGUCAAUAACUUAAAGCUUUUCAUGAUUCCAAUGUUCA